GUCAGAGUUCAUGGUGGAGAAACAUGGCGGCUUCCAGAGGAUCUGUGGUGUUAAAGACGGUGAAGAAAAUAACCGUACAGUUUUGCCCGUUUGAAUCCAAUGUUCGCGCUACACGAGACUUUCUCGCCUUGGUUGGAUCAGAAAAGGCCAAAGCUACAAACAUGAACUGUGAAGUUACAGCAGAAGUGAAACAUGACCGGUCAGAGCCUGUGAUUGCCGUCACGUUCAUGGAUGGUGAAAGGUUAGUCAUGAAAGGAGCCCAGCUGACAAGCCAAGAGAUGCUUUCUGCUCUACAGACACGCUGCAUUGCUAAAGAUCCUCAGUCUAAAGCCACAGCGAAGAAGUAGAUGUAUAUUUGUAUAGGUGUUGUGUAUAUUUAUUAACUUUUCAUUAAAUGAAACUCUCAAAUUCUCAA